AUGUCACCUCAUAUCUCAACAGAGACCAUUGUCAAUGUCGGAUUCGGCAUAAUAGCGUGCCUCAUCGGUAUUGGGAGCAUUAUUGCUACGGUUCGCGCUGGCAGGCAUCGUUUUUCCCGGCACGAUUUGAGAAGAAAACAACUUCUACGACGAGGGCGAACAUUCCGCCUUGUCCGUUUUGCAGCUUUUGAAUAUCAUGAUAGUGACGCCGACAGCGGGGCACUACUUCCAAUGAAUACCAGGGAUAUUCCACCGCGACCCUGGCAUCGGUUCGACAUGGACAUUAGCAGCAAGCGCGAACAAUGA